CCCCCCCCCUCCCCGUCAGGGGCCGCCCCUCUUAGUCCAACUCACACAGGCAAGCCAAUGUCCAACCAAACCCCGGCCCAGAGAAAAAGAAAAAUCGCAGGUUAGACUGUCGGCAAUUUCCCUUAGGCCAGCUCAAAGGGGAGGGGCAGAAAUAGCGAUGGGAGCAUUGGAGGAUGUAAUGGGUCUGCCUGAGAUGCCCCCCUUUGCUUUUUCUAUUCAAGUCUGAUACAUGGCAGUGCAUUUACAUUCUGGAGUUGUCUAGCCAGUGUGGCUUUGCCAGACUGGGCUGUCCAAAGCUUCCCAGUCCUGGAUCGGGUCUUGAAUGUGGUGCAGAUUUUGAGACAGUUUGGCGAAUGAGGAGCAGGAUUUGCAACACAGAGGAUCUCAAUGCCCCAGGGAGAGCCUCAUCAUUGGCCAAAGUCCAGGAACUGAGCCCAAAGCAGACCAGAGCAGCAGACUGGACGGGCCACAGUCAGAAUUUGGAGCUUGUGGACGAGCGAUGGACAGCUGGACUCUACAGGGGGACAGCUACUCCUUCCUGCGAAGUGCACCCCGUAACACAUUUUCCCUGUGCCAUCGGGACGGCACCCCCAACCAGGUUGAAAUCUUCGACAUCAUAAACGUACCAAGUCAGCGCAGUGUCAUCUCCGAGACCACCAGCCUUUGUGACAUUUUUGGAGACGACUGUGAGUCACCGUCUGUCUCCAGUAGCCCUGCUGCCGGGACUUUUGUUCCUCCGCGUAGGGAGGUGGACGGGUCAGCUGCUGCCUCAUCUCUGGCGGAUGAUCUGAACGACUCGUCGGGCUCUUACCACACUGCUCCGGGGUCCAGUGAAGGCGAGGAGGGAUUUGAAGAUUCUAGAGAAAGGGUUUGCAGUCCCCUGUUGCAGUGCGAUUCUUCAGAAAGGAGGCAGCUGGCGGGUGAGGGACUGACCUCAGGGCUUACAGAAGUUUCCGACGAUAGAAGCCCAAAUUUAGAACCAGAAAGUAAAUCACCCGCACCUCAAUUUAGUACAGCAAGCCCAUCGUCAUCAGUCCUCAACACUGGUGAGAGCACACCCUCUCCUGGACAUAAUAGCCCCUUUACCCUCAGUAUAGAGGGAAGCUUGUCAUCCUUGUCUUCUUCCCCAGUUGAAAAAACACCAUCAUCACCUAGUCCUAGAAAAGCCUACCCAGAAACGGAUGCAAGAAGAACCACUCCCACUUUCAUUGAUAGAUCUCCGUCUCUAACUCCAAGCCCCUCACCUGAGCCUGGGAACUGUGUCACCUCAUCUUCCUGUGAAUCAGUGAACACCCAGUUGUUACCUGAGUUGGGUGUCGCACAGGCUUACCCUGAGCCCGGGAGCAGCUGCUUUAAUCAACACAGCAGUCCCUCACCCGAGCCCACAUCCAAAGAGCUUUCUCUGGAUUCUACAGAAUCCACGUUUGAUUCUGCAGCCACACUUCUAUCUCCUUCACCCUCAGCCAGUAUUACAGAGUUAUCAUCCCAGUCGAGAGAGACACUGGCCUCACCUCAGUUGAAAGACAAGCCUUCCUCCUGGGAUUCGCAAGCGUCCUCUCCUUUUUCUGAGCUAAGAGGGAGGGUGUUCCUGCUUGAUCUCCUCAGCAGAGGCUCAACACCUGAUAACGGAGAUUUUACCCACAUCCCUGAGCAGAUUUUAGAUUCUUCCACUGCAAGAGGACACGAUACAACCACUCCUGAGAGCCAAGAUACAAGACUCAGUGCUGUAUGUACACAACCUUCACCUGUUUCAUCACCAGCAGCAUCUCCUCAGCUUGUGCAUAGCAUCUCACCUGAAUUGAUACACACAGUUCCCUCACCUGGCCAACCCUGUGACGCUUCUUCUGAUAAAACUUGGACAAGGACUCCGCCUCCCGACGCCUCGCAUAAAAUUAGACACAUUUUAACACCUCCUGACAGCAGGACCCAGGUGUUGUCACCUGUGUUCAGUUAUAGCUUAUCUCCAUCGCCUGACAUUACGAGCAGUUACUCUCCCACAGAGCAAGAACAUACAGCUCCCUCACCUGAAAUUAGGAUUACAGCUUCUUCCCCUGAGGUCAGUGAAAGAGAGUUGUCUUCUGAAGUGGAAACAACUCCUGCAUCUCCUUUCCUAGAUCUUCACUCUGACUGUUCCUCAUCAAGAAGCCUCACUUCGUCCCCUCACAUCACAGGGAUUUCUUACUCUGUUGUUCAACCCGAGGACAGGGACACUCCCUCAUUUCCCGAGCUUUCUUGUCUCUCCACCCGUCAACCUGAUAGGACACUUGUUUCCCCUGAAGCAAGGAGCCCUACCCCCCACGGAGACAGUAAACAUAGCAGUAUAGCAGAGUCCACCUGUUCACCAAGAGAUUCACCUUGUAUAUCAGGAGUCACAAGCUCUGACCUGCAGCCAGAAGUAACUGUGUUGCAUCAAGCCAGCUAUCAAACACCUUCACCUCGGCCAGAGCGUCACACUCCCUCGACUGAGCCAAGAUAUCAAACCCCUUCAUCUGACAAGAAUCAAAGUCCCUCGCCUCAGCAAAGGAGUAGAGGUCCAUCACCUGCCUCAUGCCCUGAACAGAGGUAUCAUUGGAAUUCACAACCGACCGUCUCCACUGAGUACAACCGUCAUUGUACCCGGCCUACUCCUCCUCUAAGAAAUACACCCGAGGUUGAGGAGGACUCCGCUUCAGUUGAUAUUACAGAAAAACAAUACCCAACACAUUUGGCCAAAGAGAGUGUGUCACCCUCAUUUAAACAACAAAACAAAGAGAGGGAAGCAGGACAAAAGGAGGCAACCCUUCAGGAUAAUUCAAGUCUCCCAGAGGAAAAACAACCUAUUACCCCGAAUUUUGGACAGAACGAAGACACUUUUAAAAAUCUACCCAUUGAAAUAAAUACUCCUUCUCCUAAUAGUCUAAUCUUCGAAGACAGGAGUCCAGGUAUCUCACCUGUCCACAGGUCUACAGCAACCUCGCCUGUGCAGAAAAAAGAAACCUCAAUUCAGCCUAAAUUCUCUACGUAUCCGCAAACUUAUGAGAGCAGCGGCUUAUUAAAAUCAGCCUGUACACCUGAGCCUGCCAGAAGACAGCUGUCAGCCAAAAUUAGAGGUGAAACCAGGAACAGGACAACAGAGGACAUGGCCCAGCAUGUAAACAGAAGGCGGACUCCCUCUCCGCCACUCACCAGGUUUACACCUGUCCACAUCAUAGCCCCUGAGAAACCAUACAGACAGUGGCAGAACAGAAGCCGUAGCCCCUCCCAGGUUGUAGCAUCCUCACCCAAUUGUAAUUUGAGGAAAGUGCAGACAAAUAGGGAAUGCCCCGAUGUUGCCUAUGUUGACAAUAAUAGCCAGGCCCAUUGGGUCAGGCAAGAAAGGCAAUUGGAGAUGAAAAGGGAAAUGCAGCUAGAGGACGAAAGGGAGGUAGGUAGGCAGAGGAAAAUUGAUAGGGAGCCAGAGAGCCAGAGAAAGAAGAGGGAGGAGCAGGUUCCUGAAAAGGGGAAGGGUGGGCAGUGGGACGCCAGUUACAGAGGGGAACAGGCUGAACUGUCAUUCAACGCCAAGAAUAGAAAAGGGCCUGCAAGUCGCAGCACAGCUCCCACAAGCAAGGAGACCCGUCAGGGACGGCCAACAGCGCAUUCCUACUCGGAAAGCUUGCUUACCACCAGGCAGAUACAGCAACAACAGAGUCUGCUUCGACUUGCUUCCCAACAAGACAGCAGGGGUGGUGCUCCCAGCAGACGCCGUCAACCUCCUGCACCACACAACAAGAGCAGUCUUCCUGGACGCGUGGCCGCACACAGGUCCUGCCGGAGUUCCAGCUCCAGCAUGGGAAGUGAGCUUGAUGAGGCAGACGAUGAGGUGAAAUGGUUCACAGACUUGGCUUUCAACAGCCUCUCCAGCCCUGAGGUAGAUUACCUUGACAUGUACAACUCCAGCCACCGUUCAUCUACCAACAUUUCUCAACCAUCUACACAGGAGAGUCCCGCUGGGGUCAGCACAGCCUGGCCGGCCUAUGCUGACUUCAGGGGUUCUGCUCCUAGGCUGGACAAUGAUGAACUCUCAUUCCAGCAACCACCUGCAUACUACUCAGACGGCCUAGAUCCGUCAAGGCGCUACGAGAUGGGCAGCUUUGAGUGUGUGGAUGUUGCCGUGGAAAGAGAGGACUUCAGAAGGGUGAGAAGAGGAGUGCCGAAAAGACAGAUCCAGCUGAAGAAAAAGAGUGACGCUGAAGGGAAGCAGGAUGAGAGCAGUGAAAAUAGUAGUCCUGGGUUACCAGUGAUGGGGGAGAGCCCCUCUCUAGAGACUCCUUCCAGGGAGAAGCUCAUGAGACAACACAGUACACCAGCAGCAAUGCCAGAAUGCUACGCCUCUGAACGGAACCUUGAGCAGCAUCAACAAAAUAAAAGAAAAUCCAAACUCCAGAAAUCUGCUUCUCUUGAUGAAACAUGCACUAAGACCAAGAUGGCCACUUGUCUUAUCAAGAGUGUGUUAUCCAAGAAGAUGCAGAUUUUUGAAAAACAACCUGAUGAGCAGGUAGGAGAAGAGGGGAGCCCGGCUUUUGAGGAAAACAGACAACCAACAGAGAGCACACAGGUACUCCUCAAAGAGUCCCCACUACCUGACCAACAUGAUCUUAGUUCCAGUCUUCAGUCAGAUCACAGUCUUUUAUCUGAGGGUGUCACUGAGAGAGAAAAGAAAAUCACAAAGGAUAAUUUGAACCCAGCCAAAAGCUUUGGAGCAAGAUCCAGUAAUAGGCCAAGUUCAUCCAGCAGCAGCCGAAGUGUUAACUUUUCAUUGACCGAGAGUGAGGAGGUUGAUUCUCAAAGCACAAAUGCGGCCUCACUAAGAUCUGAAAGGAGAGCAGAACUGAAAGUGCCAUUUGAUAGUAAACAGUCAAGAACUGGAGUACAACAAGCUGAUGAGAGCGAGACAUGGGACAGAGGGGAGGGUGGUGACUCAGCAAAUGCCACCGCCAGGAACUCAGGAGCUCCUCCUGCCACAGGAGCCAGCAGCAUGCAGGCCAGGGGGACAAGCAGAGACCCAGAACGUAAAAACACGGAGGACUAUAAACAACUGGAACAGGAUGCCAGGGGCGCUUACACGUCACAAACACAGGACAUUACUGUCAGAGCUGUGGAGAAAAAGAAAGCCUCCUUAAAUGUCUGUCUCACACCUGAGGCAGAGAACAAACCUUGGGCGUCUUUGCCAGAUAUGAAGGAGGAUCAGCUAGAGACUAGGAUAGAUGAGGAAGAAGAAGGCAACGGGAAUAAUAAAGUUAAGGUCCCCAUUCACAAAGUUAGAGAUGUAAGGCGCCUUGUAAAAAAUACAUAUAAUCUGUCAUUCAAAGCAACUAGUGCUGUAAUGCCAUCCCAUGUGGACAAAGAAAGACUGGACACUUCUAAUGAGGAUAAGAGAAAAGAAAUUAAGGAGAAAAAGAGGGAAGAGGGUACAACUCAGGAAGAGCGGGAGGUAAGGCACGAGAUAAUACGGAAGGAGAGGGAGGAGGGGGUCAGCGGGGAGAGGAAAGAGGAACAGAAGGAGGAGUUAAAAGAAUCAAAGCUACAAACCUCUCUACCUCUUCAGAGCAAAGGAAGUUCUAUGUCUCGUCCACAGCCGAUGCAAAUACAAUACAAGGCUGUUUGUUCGUCAAGCAGCAAGAAAGACCUUGGUGAUAAAUGCGAGGCUGCUCAGAAGCUCAUCACACAGGUAAGCAGAGAAUCACACAAGGCACUGAGUUACACAACCGGAGACACAGCAGUUUCAAAGUCAUUUAACCAUGCUGUAGAAGAGGAUGUGACUGAAGUGCAUAAAGAGUCACACAAUGAGGAGAAACCUGUGGGGCUUAAGACCGAGAUAAAACCUCCAAUGCUCGGCAGCCUCCCUAGAUUGCCUAGUAAGGAAAGAGAGGUGUCCACUGCAGUAGUUUUAAUAAGAGAUGGAUCAAGUAAGACCAAGAAAUCCGGAUCUUCAAUCCAUGAAGGGAUUCCCAACCUGCUCCAAACUCGAGCUGAUUUACACUCAUCCGCACCCUCUACCCCCAGCGGUGGCCACUCAGUUUCAAUGCUAUUAAAGGGGAAAGGCUACCAAGCUGACAUUGGAGCAGUAGUGGGCGACAUGACUGAAACUGAGGUUACAGGGAUUAAACAUGUGAACUGCCUAGAGAUCCCCCUUCAGACCGCAAGUCCUUCACAUGGAGGUGAACCUGAGUCUCGUAGAAAGAGGACAUUCUCCUCCUCAUCCACCACGUCUUGUCCCUCGGCUGCAUCCGAGAACACACACACCCUUCCAAAGGCCAGAGAAGACGAGGGCAUUAGAAGUCAGCCUACAAUAAAAGAGACUGAAAAGGAAAAAAGUCCUUCUCAGCUAAGAAACGCGCAGGAGCAGACACCACCUCCUGCUAAACACCAGGAACUUGGAGAUUUUGAAGAUGUGAAAAGACUAGAUCCAACUUUCCCCCCAAGGUCCCCUGCAGCAAGGAAAUUCAAACCACAGGCAAUUGAGGUUAAGUCGCUGUCUAAAGAAACACAGAAACAACAGACGCCCACAGACGUUACAGGAAACAGCAGGCCUCAAACUAUUGAGGUUAAAUCUAUAGCUAAAACUUCUCAAAAGCCAGCGGUACCUCCCAAACCAAGCUGCAAAUUUAAACCAGCCGAUUUAGGGGCAAUGCCAAGUGAAGCGCAGAGACCUUCAGCAACAACUGUAAAGCCACAAAGUGAUGGGAGGUCUCAAACUAUUGUUGUGUCCUCACCGACAAUCUAUAGAAAGCUCUCCAAUGAGUCCACAUCGACGUCAAGCUAUACAAGAAAAGUGGCUGUGUCUGCAGUAUCCAGCCUCAAACCGCCGUCUUGCAAAGCAGCAGCAACCACCAUCUCUAAUCUCUCAAACCAGUCAACAGCAUCAGAGGCCGAGGCAUCUAAUGACAGAGGUCAGCAGCAAAAGCCAGGGGUCAUGCCUCAGACUCCUAGAUAUACACAGAGACCCACAACCUUACCUACAGCUCCAAUAUCAGCCACUCGGCCAGCUUUCACCUCAGCUCCGGGUCCAGUCUUUGACCCCAAACCAAACCAUGUCCCUGGACCUGAAUCAGCUGGAUCCAACAAGCCAAGCCAGGCAGCUGUUAUGUAUCCAGACAGCCAACACCAGUAUUCCAGGUCAGCAUACCCUCACGAACAAGAUAUGGCGGUAACUUCAAACAAUACAAAACAACUUGCAGGUGUUUCCAAAACACAAGUGCCAGGAUACACACACCAGCCAUGCCGGGGAUCCCUCUCAAGUGAGCUCUCCCAAAGGACAGAUGACCUGCUUUUUUAUGCCUCAGACGACCCUCCGAGCUACGACGAAAGAGAGAGCUUCAGUCCCCUCAUCCUCCCAGAUCUGACCUCCAGGAGGGGGCACUAUCAACCCUCAUCCCGCCCUCCUCCUUGCUCGUGCACAGCUGGCUGCCCUUCCCACCCUGGUGUCACCCCUCCUCACCAUCACCGCACCCCCCAUAACCUUACCCCUCCCGCCCCUACACACUCUCCAGGUCAGGCUCUGCCUUACCCGGGCGCUCAACCCCCUCUCCGUCUCCACCAGUGCAGACCUGACGCUCAGCCAAUAAGCUACCAGCCCAGCUCUCCAAAAUCAAGCCCUCUUGGUCCAGGUCAGCCACCGGGCAUGUACCAGCCUCUUCACCAGCCUCCUCCCUGCCCUCCCCACCCCUCAAUCUUGCAGCCCUGCCCUGCCCCGCUGCAGCCCUCCCAGCAUAUUGACCCUCGACGACCACCUGUCCACAGAUCCCCCCAGCAACAGCCGCCACCAAUUGCUGGUGCUCCUUACAGCGAUACAGGCCACAGCAACUCUCCAGGCCUGCCUCCUAUGGAUCCCCAGUACCUGUGUGGCCCUCAAAGUCUUGGGCCCUCCUAUGGCUCUGAAUAUGGGGGAGACAGCUCAAGUUUGUACUCAGAGAGCAGCUAUGGACAGACACCUCGCAGAGUGCUACUAGAUCCUGAAACAGGGAAGUAUUUUUACAUAGAGGUGCCUGUGCAGCCACUGAGAAAAAUGUUAUUUGACCCAGAGACAGGCCAAUACGUGGAGGUGCUGAUCCCGCAGCAGUCAAUGUCACAUUUGGGCAUGUACCCCCCCGCAGCAGCCCCUUACACAUCUCUCCACAACCCCAACAUGUAUGCUCCUGCUCCACAGUACAUGCCCUAUGCAGCUCCUCCUCCCCAAGCCCACCCCCAGACCCAGCCUCAGCCACCCCGAUAUCCUGAGGCCUCUGCCGCUGCAACAAUGCACGCAGGUGGGCCUGGGGUCAGCUACAGGAAUCCCUCUGGUCAGUCAAAGGCAGAGGCCCAGAAUCACCCACCGCUCGACCAGAGCUACCUGGAGAACAUGUAUUAUGUCCCUACAGGGAUGAAUGCGAGCCCCAAUCCCACCCCACCAGACUAUUACCACAAACAUCCCCCCAACCUCCCCCCAACAGUGGGAAAAAGGUCCUGAAAUAGAGGACAGAGGCCGCCUUCCUGGAGCCUGUUGGGUUUUAAAUACACAGUGUAUAAAGGAGGUGUCUAAUGUUAGCCUGUAACGUUAUUUGAGUUUUCACUAAAGAUUUGCUAUCUUCAGUUGUUUAUUUGCUGCUGCUUCAUCUGUGCUAGGCUGCACAAUGUACGAUUCUGGAAUUAAUAGUUUUGAAAAUACAAGAGAGAAAGAUAUUUUUUAUGAGGUGUUUUUAAAUUUCAAAAAUGGUCUCAUACAAUUCCGGUAAUUCUAAAGCACUACAAAUAAAUAGGUUUUGCUGAGGUGCAAUGAAUGUCUCCCAAAAAAUUGUAUUAAUUUUGUUAUUGUGUUUUAGAUUAAUGAGUUUGUGCACAGGAUGUCUGCAACUGGCAACUCUGCAACUGGCAAUAAAACAUGUUACAUAUUAA